AUGAGCAUCAAAGCCCAUGAGUCUUGUUCCGAUCAGCUUAGAACAAGGUUUGUGAUGUUUUUGCAUAUCAAAAUGUACAUAGGAACCUUGAUGUAUUGCCUGCUACUUGUCAAAACGUUUUAUGGAUCCCUGUGUCUUGUGCUCUUGGUUGUGGCCAACUCUUUGUCGUUUCUGAAGGCGUGUCUGAACGACCCGGGAAGAGUGAAUAAAAAGACAUAUCAUAAGUACCUGCCGGAUGUGGUUGCAUUUGAAAAGAACAUCUCGACGCAGAUAUGCACCAACAAGAAUGGGGAUUGGAUAAGAGCCAUAAGGAUCAACGGAACCGAGUAUGAGGAAAAGUAUUGUUUGGAAUGUAAUUUAUUUCGUAUUGGAGGGAUGUCCCAUUGUAGAGAAUGCAACAGAUGCAUCUUAGACAUGGACCAUCAUUGCCUAUGGUUUGGAAAUUGCAUAGGCAGAAAUAAUAUAAGGCACUUCCAUAUCUAUCUGUACACUUUGGUUGCUGUUAUCUUGGUGAAUGCAGCAUUGCUGUAUAGCUUGAUAGCCAUAUAUCCCUGGAGAAAUACUCCACCCGGGCUAGCACUCAAAACCUUCUUAUUUCUCCUUGCAGUGUUAUAUACCUUGUUUUUCUGUGUUAUCUUUCUAUUCACGGCCUUCAACAUAUAUGUGGCCUUGAAUUCUUCAACAUCAAAGGACUUCAUCAAGAACGGCCUGAAAAACAAAAGGUUCGAUCUUAAGAGAGCCUGCAGAAAUCUCUCGAGAAUCAGGCCAGAGAUGUCUUCUUCUCAGCCAUCGGUGUAA